UGUUUUGUAAUGGUAAAAUGUUUUAGACAAAACUAAUGGUGAAACACUAGUUUUUCCUGUUCCCGUUUCCAGCAAUUCAAGUUUCUGAGUGACUGUCUGACAGCUCAGAUUUCAGCAUGAGUGGACCUAAAAACUUGGUUAUCAUAAUCUGGAUAUUGAGAGGUGCUGAAAUCAACACGUGGGAAAUUAAGAUGCCUCAGAAUAUAGAUGCGAUGAAUGGCUUCUGUGUUCAUAUUCCAUGUCAGUUUGAGAUCCCCGACUCAUUCAAAACGUCUCUAGACAACUCUGUAAAGGCGAUGUGGAAAAAAACAACCAUAGACGGAGCGAUCGCGCUCGGUUCAGGAAAUGUGAUCGGCAACAUCUUAAACAGAAAUUGCACUACAGUGUUUCACAACGUUUCUGCUGGUUUCAGUGACAUGUAUUUCUUCAGACUUGAGGGUCACGAACCUCUCUUGUAUACUUUUAGGCAAGGAGUGAACAUCACAGUCCAUAAAGACGCUCCACCGCCUGUCCUGAACUCACAUGUUCAGGUGCUGGAAGUUCUAGAGGGCUCCGAGUUGACAUUGACCUGUUCCACUGUGAUCUCAUGUCCCUCAAUGCAACCUCUGAUGCAGUGGAGCCCACAACUAGGAGAACAGCUCACACCAACCCUAAAGGAGGAUGAAUUUGGACAGAAAAUGUUGGUCUCCUCUCAGAUGUUCAAAGCUACGCCUCUAAAUGACCACCUUAAAGUCUCCUGCACUCUUUUGUACUCCCAGGGUGCCACAAGACAAGUUGAGACCAGCGUUACCGUCAGAGUGCUUUAUGCUCCCAAAAACACCAUAGCCCUUAUGAGUCCAUUGGGUCCAGUGUCUGAAGGCAGUGCGGUGAUCCUGAGCUGUCACAGUGAUGCCAACCCUGCUGUCACACGCUACGAGUGGUACAAAGACAGUGGAUCCGGGACGCUAGUGUUGCAGAAUCAAGGACAGACUCUUGCAUUAAUAGCCAGUAGUGAUGUUCAGGGUCUGUAUGUCUGCAAGGUCUACAACAACCACGGGACCGACCAAUCGAGGGCUGUCACUGUGGGCAUAAACAGUUGCCAGUGCUCCAUUGCACUGUACAUUAUAUGUGGACUUCUGGCGCUUUUCUUAAUUCUCAUUACUGCAAUCGAUGUGCUCAAAUACAAAAGCCUAUUAAAAAGACUUCAAAAGUUUGAAGGCAUGAGAGAAUCCAUGAUGUAUGCGACCCUCCACAGGACCAGUGACUCUGUAUACAAUGUAAUACAGACGAGGGGUAGUGGAACUGAAGAUGACUACGAAAACAGAAACUUGAGUAAACAUCAGCCCAAAUCGGAGCCAUGGCUAGAAGUUAGCUAGACACAACAUGCUGUGGUGCCCAUGUUGGAGAACAGAUUCUAAUCUGGCAUGAGUCCUGUUUUGUGCGCUUCUCUGCACUGUGUGUUUCGUAUCUCUACAGUUAAAUGGCAAAAUUUUAAAUAAUGAAUCAAAUCAAAAUGGCAGAGGAGUUAUCAUCUGAAUUUGCAGGUUCUUUUAAUUUUAUGAAGAUUACCAUUCCAUUCUAAGCCGCUCGGGCCGCCAUGUUCUCCCUAGUGUGGGAUCCGUAUAGUGUGGGUUCCCCAGGUAAUGUGUGUACUCUCUCUGGACCUCUGCUUCUCGGAAAUAUUAUGUAUUGUGCACAUUAUUUUUUGAUGGACAUCAAUGUCAUGACAUUCAAAUGAUGUGGAUAUGAAAACAGAUGGAUCGUAAGGUAAUCAUUUUUUAUUUCCUAUAGCUCUCAAGUAUUCAGUGAAGUGAUUAAUGCCCAUGAGUUUGUCAAUGUUUUUAGUUCUAAUAAUCCAAAAUGACAGAUAUGAUAAUGUACAUGAGGGGGUUGUUGGGAUAAUUAUAAAACGUUCACAAUUUUACGUAGUCCAUUAUACUUUAUUAUACAUUUAAUAUACUUUGGCUUAAAGGGUUAGUUCACCCAAAAAAAAUUAAAGUCUGUCAAUAAUUACUCACCCUGAUGUAAUUCCAAACACAUAAGACUUUGUUUCAUUGUCAGAACACAAAUGAAGAUCUUUUUAAUGAAAUAUGAGAGCUUUCUGUCCCCAUUAACACCUAAGCAACUACCACUUUAUGCUUCAAAAAGUUCAUUAAGAUCGUAAAACUAAUCCAAAUCAAUCGGGCGGUUUAGUCUAAAUUUUAUGAAGAUAUAUAACCAAUUUAUAUGAUGAAAAUAUUGAAUUCAGGCUUUUAUUCACAUAUAAACAUUGAUCAGCAAACAUAAACAGAAGCUCAACCGAACCCAAAGACACACAAGAACAACCUCUUGCUCAAACGUGCAACGUGACACGAGAAUGAAACUCAUUGGUUCUCAAACAUCAAGUGAACACGAUUGCGUUUCCGUUUACCGCAACUGUGCGAGUUGAGGAAUGUUUAUAUGUGAAUAAAAGCCUAAAUUAAGUCUGUUCAUCUUUGUCUAUUCAGAAAAUGUGGCCUGAACCGCUUAAUUCGUCUUGUGAUCUCUGUAUGAACUUGGCUCGGAUUUCAUUGUGGUCCCAAGGUGAACUACAGUCAGUCUUAUGGGUUUGAAACGACAUGAGAGUGAGUAAUUAAUGACAGAAUUUAUUUUUUUGGGUGAAAUCCCUUUAACCAUUUUGCAUGUUAUUAUAUUAUAUGUAAGCUGGUCAGAAAUGUUAAAUUCAGCUGUCACAUGUGUUGGUUCUUGAAUAUCAAGUUCCUAGGAAAGGAGUGUUUUGUUGCACAAAGUUGUUUUUAUUGUCACCUUUUACAGAAAUGUUGCAUUUAAACUGAUGAAAAUGCGCAGAUCCUGGUGUAAAUUAUAAUGAAAAAAUGUUUUGUUUUGUUUUUGUUUUGUUUUUUUAACUGGUGUUCCAAAAAGUUUUUGACUCUUAUAUCAAAGUUUGAGACCCGUAAUGAAAAAAAAAGUUACUAGCAUCAAAAAGUGUGUUAAAAAAUAUGUUUCACCAUAUUAAGUCCAUCGUUAGUGUAUCCUGAAUGCUUGUUUCGUGGGUUGAAGAUUUGUGACGUCUUAACAGUAUGCGAACUCGAAAAUAAAUGAGAAAUAUUUUCCUCUUCUUCUCA